AAAGCACAUCCCAAACUGCUUGCCCCUCACCUCUUUAUAAGUCUUGAAGAGCUGCCACCAAAUAAACCACCACAAGCAAGCGUAAGUCUCCAAGCUUGAACACUGGAGUGUAUCUCUUCCUGCUCGAAUCCAUCUCUCUGAAACACCAGAGAACUCCGAAGAUCAACCGAGGUGCAUCAUCAGAAUAGAAAAUUUGCUGAGAGAUCUGAGGAGAGGGAAGAAUACCACCACAAUAAGCAGUGUCCUUUAAGAUAGAGAGAAGGAAGCACAUAACUGAUCCUAAAGUUGGUUAACCAGAUAAUGAGUCAGGUAGAGCUUUCCAGCAAUGGAGAAUUUGAGAUGGCGAUUGCAGCAGCUGCAUAUGCCAUUGCCUCAAUGAAUGAAGAAAGUUUCAUGAACAAGAAAAGUCCACUUGAAGGAAUGAAAACUUCUGAUAUAUCCAAAAGCAAAAGAGAAGGAAACACAAGCACACGAGUAUAUUCCAGAGGGCCUCUUAGAUGGUUCAGUAAUAAGGAGGCAAAAGAUGACAGCAAAUCAGCAGGUGACAACAUUACGAGGAAAUCAUCAAUUUCAGACCAAAGGAUGCAGAAUGAUUCAACUCUUAAUCACAAAAGUACAGAAAAGACAACAGGUACCACAACCAUUAAAAAUGCCAAAACCUUCACUGAUAAGUAUCUAACUGACACAGGUAGCAAGAAAUUUGGAAGUGGAAAUGAAGCGAGACUAGGGCCAAAAGCUCAAUCCACCAUAAAACCUACAACUUCAUCAUCUAGUAUUAAGAAAAAGGAGGGGAACUCAGCUAGGUCCAACAAAUUGGACACAGAGGCAGAUGCUUGGGAGAAGGCAGAGAUGGCCAAGAUGAAAACACGGUAUGAGAAGAUGAAAGCCAAAAUUUUUGGUUGGGAGACUGAGAAGAAGACAAAAGCAAAGCGCCUGUUGGAACAAAAAGAGAGAGAAACAGAACAGAAACGAGCAAAAGCCUUGCAAGAAUAUCAUAAUGAGAUAUCAAGAAUUGAUAAAAUUUCUGCCGAAGAAAAAGCACUUGUAGACGAGAGAGAAAGGAAUGAAGGACACAAGAUAAGGGAGAUGGCAAAACAGAUGAGAACAACAGGGCGCAUCUCUCAUGCAUGUCUCUGCUUCUGAAUCACUAAGAUGAUGGUAGACCCCAGUGUCCUCGAUGAUGUCACUUCAUCUUAGCCAGUCGCAGGGAAUUUUUCUUGCAAAUCAUCAAUCAUUCUGAGCAUAAGAAGGGAGAUAACAAUAAAGCUAGUGAUAAAUGCUGUAUAUUACAAGAGAUAUAUUUAUAUUUAUGAAAGAUUUUUAUCAGAAGUGCACCUUUAAAUAUUUCUGAGCAUGACCAAGGAGGGAAAAAAAGUUGAGUAGUUCAAUGAAAGACAGA